UCGGGCAGCACGAACUGAUCGCAGUCCCUCAAACAUGGAUCUUUACUACCUGCCUCUGGUCAGCGCUUGUCGCACUGUACUCAUGGUUGCCAAGGCCCUCAAUCUGGAUCUGAACAAGAAGCUUCUGAACACUCUGAAGAAGGAACAACUUAACCCGGAUUUCAUCAAGAUCAAUCCCCAGCACACGAUCCCCACUCUGGUGGACAAUGGAUUUACCAUCUGGGAGUCGCGUGCCGUUGCCGUUUAUCUGAUCGAACAGUACGCCAAGGAUGAUUCUCUGUUCCCGAAGGAUCCUCAGAAACAGGCUGUGAUCAACCAACGACUUUACUUCGACAUGGGCUCCAUGUAUCCCUCGUUGGCCAACUAUUAUUACAAGGUGUUUAUCACUGGAGAGAACGGCAGUGAAGAAGACUUCAAGAAGAUCCAAGAAACCUUUGAUUUUCUGAACACUUUCCUGGAGGGACAGGAGUAUGUAGCAGGUGACCAGUACACCGUUGCCGACAUUGGCAUCCUCGCCAGUGUCUCCACUUUCGAUGCUCUGGAGUUCGACAUCAGCAAAUAUCCAAAUGUGGCCAAGUGGUAUGAGAAUGUCAAGAAGAUUACUCCUGGCUGGGAGGAGAACUGGCAGGGUGCUCAGGAUGUGAAGAGGCACACAGUAAUCGCUCUUUCGGAAAUGGAUUUUUACUACUCACCUCGCGGCAGUGGAUGCCGCACCGUUAUCAUGGUGGCCAAGGCCGUGGGUGUGGAGCUCAACAAGAAGCAGCUGCGCCUUACGGAGGGAGAACAUCUGAAGCCGGAGUUCAUCAAGCUCAAUCCCCAGCACACCAUUCCCACUUUGGUGGAUAAUGGAUUCUCCCUUUGGGAAUCCCGCGCCAUCGCCAUCUAUCUGGUAGAGAAGUAUGGCAAGGAAGACUCCCUCUACCCCAAGGAUCCCCAAACACGUGCUGUGAUCAACCAGAGACUCUACUUUGACAUGGGAACCCUGCACGAUUCCUUUAUCAAAUACUAUUACCCCUUCAUCCGAACUGGGCAGCUUGGAACUGAAGAGAAUUACAAGAAGAUCGAAGCUGCCUUCGAUUUCCUGAACACUUUUCUGGAGGGCCAAGACUACGUGGCUGGCAACCAGUUCACCGUGGCUGAUAUUGCAAUCCUGUCCAGCGUGUCCACUUUUGAAGUAGUGGACUUUGAAAUCAGCAAGUAUCCAAAUGUGGCCAAGUGGUAUGCCAAUGCCAAGAAAAUUACUCCCGGUUGGGAUGAGAACUGGGCGGGUUUGCUGCAAAUGAAGGCAAUGUACGAGGCCCAAAAGGCAACAUCAAAGUAAUAAUGUUUUUAUAAUUUAUUGUAUUUAUAACUAGAGGUCUAAUAAAAGUUCCUAAAAACUUAAAACUAUAUAUGUUUUGA